AUGGGCACCAAUGUCAACAAGACUCGUGUUGCACCGACCAUAGCCUCACACAAAAGUGAUGAUGCAGAAGUUUCUUGGACCCAAUCCCCACUGACCCCUGCCUCCACCCGUAACCGCAGUGGUAAAGCCAUUCCUCAAUACAUAACCACACCUACCGAGGACGAGUACAGUGAUUGCGAUGAUUACCAUCAAUAUCUCCGGUCCGAAGCUCAAAAGCGCCAGGGCAUCACGAAAGCUAAUGCUCCACCUACCCCUACCACAACCCCAAAGAAAAAGAAAAAGGGCAAGGCAAAGAUUUCCUGUGAAGCCAUCGUCACAGGCCUCUGCUUCCCAUGCCCGCAAUGGCAGAGUUGUUCCUCGACACGCGACUGCCCCAAUCCCCGACGAGUACGAGGAUUUCGACGAUUACCAUGA